CUCCAAUCUGCAUUCUUUGCUUUCAUUUCCCUUAGAAACACCCAUUCAGAGAGAGAAGAUGGAUGUCUACAAUCUUACCACAGUGACUCAAUUCAUCCUCAUAGGGCUCUCUGACCUCCCUGAGGUGCGUUACCCUCUCUUCGUGGCCUUUGUCAUCAUCUAUCAGAUCACUUUGCUGGGAAACGGGGCCAUCCUCUUGGCCAUAGUGACUGAGAGAAAGCUUCAAACUCCCAUGUAUUACCUGUUGGCAAAUCUGUCCCUGCUAGACAUAUUCUGUCCAUCAGCUACUGUCCCCAAGAUGCUCAAGAAUCUCUUGACUGAGGAUCAUAGCAUUUCCUUUGUUGGGUGUGCUUUGCAGCUCUACUUCCUGGUGGCCCUAGCUGGGACUGAAGUUUUCUUGCUGGCUGUGAUGGCUUAUGAUCGGUAUGUGGCCAUAUGCUUCCCUCUGCGUUACUCUCUCAUCAUGACCAAGGUUCGCUGUGUGCAGCUGCUGUUUGGGACCUGGGCAGCUGGGUUUCUCAAUUCAUUCAUGCAUACAAUGGCAACCUUCAGCUUAUCAUUCUGCAAGUCCAACCAAGUUAACCAGUACUACUGUGAUAUUCCACCUGUGGUGGCCCUGUCAUGCUCAUCCACCUUCAUAGCAGAACUGCUGAUUUUAUUGAUGGGCAGUAUCUUUGGGGUUGGUGCAUUUCUAAUUACUUUGAUCUCCUACAUAUACAUUGUCUCCACCAUCCUCAAGAUCCAAUCAGUGGAAGGGAAGCGCAAAGCUUUCUCCACAUGUGCUUCCCAUCUUCUUGUAGUCUUCUUGUUCUAUGGCACAACAAUAUUUACCUAUAUCCGCCCCACCUCCAGUCAACACUCUCCUGCUAGAGACAGACUCAUCUCUAUGCUGUAUGGUGUCAUUACCCCAAUGUUAAACCCUAUUAUCUACAGCCUGAGAAACACAGAAGUCAAAGCAGCACUCAGAAAAGUUUUACAUCUUAGGAUAUGUUCACAGAAAGCAUGA